AUGGUCAAGUGGUAUCCAACUGAAGAUUACAAACAAUCUAAGGUUAAAGAAGAACAGAAGCCAACUCGUCUUCGCGGAAACAUCAAGCCAGGCCAAAUUUUAAUAUUACUUGCCGGCAAACAUCAAGGAAAAAGAGUUAUCUUCCUAAAGCAACUUGAAAGCGGACUUCUCCUAGUCACAGGACCUUACAAGCUAAAUGGUGUUCCUCUCAAACGUAUUCCACAAGCCUACACAAUCCCAACAACCCUUUCAAUCCCUACAGACGGACUCGAUCUAUCCUCAGUCACCGAUGCUUUCUUUGCUAAGCCAAAAGCCAAAGCAGCCAAAUCAGAAGAACAAUUCUUCGUAGCAAAGGCUACCAAAAAAGAAACUCCAGAAUUCAAAAAAGCAGCUCAAAAACAAAUAGAUGGCAAAAUCAACAUUUCAGAUGUUACAGUUAAGAAGUAUCUUUCCACCAAAUUUAGACUUAGAAAUGGGAUGUAUCCUCACUUACUGAAGUUUUAA